AUGGCUGACGUAGACGUCCAAGUCCAAUACACCACCACCGAGCGGAAGACCAGAAAGGUCAAAAAGACUUCUAAGCGUAGGGAGUCCAAGGAUGGUGAGGUCACAGUCACCGAGCUGGAUCAGACCAACACCACCACGAAUGUCAACGACGAUGGCGAAUACACCAAGGCGAUGAACAAGGACUGGCAUAGCGGACACUUCUGCUGCUGGCAGUGCGACGAGUCCCUCACGGGUCAACGCUACGUGCUCAGAGAUGAGCAUCCUUUCUGCAUCAAGUGCUACGAAAGCGCCUUCGCCAACGGCUGUGAGGAGUGCAACAAGACCAUCGGUAUCGACUCCAAGGACCUGUCGUACAAGGACAAGCACUGGCACGAGGCCUGCUUCCUCUGCGCCAAGUGCCGUGUGUCUCUUGUGGACAAGCAGUUCGGCUCCAAGCACGAUAAGAUCUACUGUGGAAACUGCUACGACGCUCAGUUCGCUAGCCGCUGCGAUGGUUGUGGGGAGGUGUUCCGUGCUGACAUGGCACCGCAUGAGGCAUGCGGUGCAUUAGACCCAAAAAGUUGA